UCGCCUUAAACAACUUCUCCAUGAAGAUGCUAGCUGUGUCCGUACUUGUUACAGCCAUGAUGGCUCUGACUACUGUUCUUCCAGAGGCAGAGGCCGCUGCUGUGAGAGGCCAAACAAUUCAACCAAAAGAUCAUGUUGUCAAGAGGUCCAUACUAUGCGAAUUUGGUUGGUCUCUGUACGGAGGCCGCUGUUUCCGCUACUUUCCAGGAGCCACCAGCUGGGCUGUGGCUGAGAGAUCCUGUCUCACUUUCAAUUCAAACCUAGCAUCUGUGCACGACAAAGAUGAGGAUCAUUGGAUUCAGCGUUUGGCAGGCCUCAACGCUGCGUGGAUCGGAGGCUCUGAUGCACAACAAGAGGGUUUUUGGUUCUGGUCUGACGGUACACCUUUCAACUAUGUCAACUGGUGUGGAGGAGAGCCUAAUAACCUUAGAGGCAGUCAGCACUGUCUACAAAUCAAUUGGACAGAUAACAAGUGCUGGGACGACGAAAACUGCAAUGUUGGGAGAGGAUUUGUCUGUGUCAGGAAACGCUGAUGAUUCCUGGACCAACACAGAGGCAUGAAGUACUUACCAUGAUGUGCAAACCUUGGAAGAUGUGUCUGUGUCCAUGUUUGUGCACUCGUCUGUAUUUGUGUCUUCAGUCUCAUACAUAACCUAAAGUCUUUAACUCUCUAAUCAAAUAUUUUUUAGCUAUCGCUGUCGCUAGACGUUUCAGUGAGGGUGCUCUGAAAUUUUGAAUUUCCCUUGACACAAAUAGCCUAUCAUUACACACACUCCUGCAGAUGCCCACCCACCUCUGUGGUUUACUAAGUGAGCGAAAGAGAGAGAUUGAUUUGAAGUUGCAGCUACAACAGCACCAUAGAACUCUGAUUAGCCCACCAAACAUAUUUCAAAUACCAGCCAACAAGCCGGGUUCAAAAAAUCAUUACUGCAGCUCUCAUACAUUGGCUCAGAAGAGUAGCCUAAUGCAGCAGGCCAAAUACACCACACAUAGUCAAGCACACACAUAAAAACACACGCGCAUGUAUCCUCACAGUUUUCACACUUGCAAAUAUGGUCAAAAUAAUGUAGUCAUAUGUCAAUGUAGUGACUUAAUAUAUCUAAAUAAGCCACUGAGGGUGAACAUGUUUUCUGGGCUAAAAAUAUACCAAUGUCCUGUAUAACUUUAGAUUUGGUGAUCCAUUUUCAUUCACAUUUCUGUAAAACACAUGUUCACUGUAAUGUUCUUCUACGAGACAGAGAUACGAGUAAAGUUCUUGCAUGGACCCCUAUCAGCUGACUCACCCACUGUGGCCUGGCUGUGCGAUCCCCUGGUCUAACGUCAUUUACAGCAGGGUGACGUUAAGCAUCCUCAGCAGCAAUCACGAAAAACGAGCGCCGUGCAAAUUCCCAUACUGUCUAUAGAGAUUCCACGUUGCACGGCGUUCGUACUCAUCGGAUUUUCUCUUGAUCGAUAUACGGCUUAUGCGAUAAACGCUGAUGGA